ACAGUCCGUCGACACAGCGCCACCGCCACUUUAACUUCCCUACGAGCCGGGCCCCGCAGACGCGCAUGUGGGUCCCACACCUCGCGUCUACAAAUACCGUUCCCACCCGGGCCUUCCGUCGCCGUCACCGCGUUCCCCUCCCGAGCACGCACGCCACCAUGGCCCGCCGCCUGUCAUCCGCCGCCCCGCUCCUCCUCCUGGUCCUCUCCCUCGUCGCCGUCGCGCACUGCCGCCCCCUCGAAGCCGACCCCGAAUCAGCCGCCGCCGUCGCGGCCGGCGACGACGAGAAUGGUCCGCCCAAUCCCACGCUCCCCACAGAGGCGGGCGCCGGCGAGGUGGUCCUCCCGGCGGAGCAGCAGCGGCAGCACGGGUUCCUCCGCCUGCCCUCGCACGGGUACCGCCACCGGCCCUGCCGCCACGGCCUCUUCCAGCGCCACCUCUGGUGGGCGCGCCACCACGGCGCCUUCGGGGAGGACGCGCCGCGCCGGUUCCACCGCCACGGCGAGGCUCUGAGCCACAGCCACCUGAUCGCCUCUCCCUCGGGCGAGGCCAGGGAGGUGAAGGCCGUGGCCGAGCCUGACCCGGACCGCUCGCUCCCCGACGGUGACGGCGAGGGGCAGCAGUCGUUCGGCGACGCCGACGGCGCCCAUGCCCAUGAGGAAGCAGCCAGCAACGAGGACGAGGGCGCGGCGGUCAGGGCGUGGAGGAAGGAGAUGCAGCGGAGGUGGUGGCUCCACCACCACGGCAUGCGCCUCCACCGCCACCACCGCGACGAGGAGGAGGAAGGCGCAGAGGGCUUGAAGCGGUUCCACCACCACGACGAGGAGGAGAAGCGGUUCCGUCGCGCUGGUGAGCACGACGACGAGAGCGACAGCGAGGACGAGGACGAGGACGAGGAGGUGGAGGAGCUGGUCCGGCGGUUCAGGAAGGCGAUCAUGCGGAGGAGGUCCGGCCACGGCCGCCGCUUCCACCACCACCACCGCUACGCCGGGGAGGCCGAGAAGGCGGACGCCGCACAGGAGGAGGGCGGCGUGGUGUCAUGGAUCAAGGACCUCAUCAUGAACCGGUUCUAGAUCGAGCUGGUUGGUCCAUCAUUUCCCUCGACCGGCGCCCUUCUUGGUUGAGUCACGUACGUACACGACCAUGGGCCCAUGGCUGCUGGUUCCUUCGUGGUUGGUGCACCCUGUAGUGCUGCUGCAGCGCAGAUUCACGGUGGUGCCAUACUGUGCUUGUUAAUUAUCUACGGUGUGCCUGCUUGUUGUUGCGUGCAAGUGUGGGCGUGUGCUUGUCAUCGUCUGGCUGAUUCCCUUGUGAUUCUAUGCACGCAUGCAAAUGCCUUUCUUUUC